AUGGCCAGUUUCAGUUCCUUCUCUUCUUCAUCUUCCACUCCUCCUCCUCCUCCCUCUUUCUCUUACAUUUCAGCCCCGUCUUCUUUAAAACCUUUCCAUGAUGACUCUGUUGAGGAUUCCUGUAGUAUUUGCUUAGAGUCCUUCACCGUUCAUGACCCUUCCACUAGAAGACAAGGAUCGUCCGGAGCAGGUCCGUCAGAGGUAUCUGGGGUGCAACCAACUCUUACAACUUCACUGGCUGGAAGUAGUUCUCCGAUCACUGGUUUACCAUCGGCUGCCGACCUUCAUCCUGAGGUCGCAAGAAACAUAAGCCCUGAGACUGAUGUCUCUUACCGACCCAGAGUUCUUUACAGUCCGUCACCACCACAUGAUGGUAGGAAACUAAAUACUUCCGAGGUGUUCCCCUUGCCUGAGUCCAUCAAAUCCAAACUUUCUGCUGCUUCAGCUAGAUAUAAGAAAUCAUUGAAGCCAGACGAAAACGUUGACGAAGGGAGUGUUCAUGACACGUCUGAAGUGAGACAAGAGAUGAAUGAAUGA